AUGAAGCUCACUGGUUUCGUUACUGCCGGCCUUAUCGGCUGUGUUGCCGCCUUGCCUCCAUUUGGCGUUUCUACUCCGUCCAGCUCUAUUGCUGCCUCCAGCACACCAAGUGUUUCUCCCAGCCCAAGCUCUGUCGCUGCCCCUUGGGUCUUCCACCGUCGCCAGGCUCGCGCCACCCCUUCCAGCUCUGUGACUCCUUCCAGCUCUGCGACUCCUUCCAGCUCGGCCUCUGUCGAUGCCCCAUGGGUAUACCAUCGUCGCCAAGCUCGCGCCACCCCUUCCAGCUCUGUAACUCCUUCUAGCACCGCCACUCCUUCUAGCUCGGCUUCUAUCAUCCCUAGCAGCACCCCUGUUUCGUCGUAUGCGAAGCGUGAUGUUGCCACUCCUAGCUCCGCCACCCCUUCGAGCUCCGCGUCCGUGACUCCCACCAGCUUCGCAGUUCAGAAGCGCAAGUUCUCGGGCUCCAGCAGCUCCUCUUCCGCCUCGCCUUCUUCAUCCGCUACUCCGUCUUCCUCUGCCACUCCUUCUGCCUCUGCCUCUGCCUAA